AUGUUUGGAUCAGAUGGUGUUCAUUACCCUGAUUGUCUUAGCGACGAUCCCAGGGUGGGUGCACCAAAAACGGCAGUCACCCAGGAAAACGUCGAUGCUGUGUGCAAACUCAUCAUUGAAGAUAGACAUGUGACAUAUCGCAAGAUUGAGGCGCCCUUAAAGAUCUCAAAGACCUCAAUUCAAAAAAUUUUACAUGAAGAAUUAGGAGUAAGAAAAUUAGUUUCUCGUUGGAUACCAGCCAGGGUUAAUUUUUGUCAAAAAACGCUUGACCGUGAAGAAAAGCCAACAAAAAUGGUCGCGACAUUUGUGUCAAAAGCGGGUCCUAUUGCAACAAUUCCUCUUGAAGAGCAAAGGACUGUUACUGCGGAUUGGUAUACCACCAUGUGUUUGUCAAAAGUCAUCACCGAGCUUCGAAAAAUCAACCCCGAAAGAAGAAUCAUCCUCCACCAAGACAAUGCAAGCUCGCGCACAGCCCAAAAAACAAGGCAUCCCAAUCUAAGUCCUAACGAUUUCUUUACUUUCCCGAAAAUUAAAAACAGACUGCAGGCAGUUGACGCAUUCAAAAAUGCCGUUUUGGAUCUGCCAGCAAACAAGUGGAAUAAGUGCUUCGAAAAUUGGUUCGAGCGCAUGCAGAUGUGUAUUAAUAUUCGUGGAGAAUACUUCGAAAAACAAUAA